AUGGCAUCCGUAGCCUAUUAUGAGCUUUACCGUGGGAGCAGUCUCGGGCUGUCUCUCACCGACACACUCGAUGACCUGAUCAACGAAGGACGCAUCGAGCCGCAGUUGGCCAUGAAGAUUCUCGGAACCUUUGAUAAGGUCGUUACCGAAGUUCUUGCCGACAAGGUUCGGGCGAGACUGACCUUCAAGGGCCACCUCGAUACCUACCGAUUCUGCGACGAAGUCUGGACUUUCCUGAUCAAGGAUGUCUCAUUCAAGCUGGACAACCAGACCACUGUCUCCGCGGAGAAAGUCAAGAUUGUGAGCUGCAACAGCAAGCGACCUGGCGAGGUAUGA